AUGUGGGUCAGAACUGUUGCUGAGUUUGUCUCUCCGAUUUGUUUGAUUUCUUCUUCUAGUGUUCUCAAACAGUGCAAAGAUGUGGAGCUCUCCUUCAGUGACGUGACGGGCAAGCCUGAAGCCUUCAGAGGCACCAAGAAAGGGAUGCUUUAUCUCACCCCUUACAGGAUGAUCUUUGUUUCGAAGGGGAAGGAUCCUAUGCUGUCUUUCAUGAUGCCAUUUUAUUUGAUGAAAGGAUGCUCAGUUGAGCAGCCUGUUUUCUCUGCCAAUUACAUCAAAGGACAGAUCCAGGCUGAGGCAGGAGGUGGCUGGGAAGGGCAGGGAACAUUUAAACUGACUUUCAACAGUGGAGGAGCUAUUGAGUUUGGACAGCUGAUGUUCAAAGCUGCCUCUAAUGCUUCCAGUGGUGUUCCUCUCCAGAACCCUGGCUAUGGCUAUGCACCUUUCCCUGGAGGAUAUGCACCCACUCCACCGGCUCCUGGGGGCUAUGCAGCUCCUCCACCACCAAAUGGACCAUAUCCUUAUGCACCACCUCCUAUGAAUGCCUAUGGACCUGCUCCACAGCCCAUGGGAUAUCCAUAUGCCCAGACUCCAGGUAUUUACCCACCACUUCCCAACAUGAGCCCUGUGUUUGUGCCACCUCCUCUCCCCCCCUACCCUGGGCCGUCUCCCGCAGGACCCUCAGCUCCUGCAGCCUCGGUGGGGCCAGGGAUGCCAGGGAACAGUAGGGCCAUGGAAGCCACUUCCAGUGCAUAUUACAACUCUGCCAACCCACACAAUGUAUACAUGCCUGUGGAUCAGCCACCUCCUUAUGCACCUCCUGAGGAUAAGAAGAACAACUAG